CGUACAAAUCUUAGUCAUGUUUUUCUUUGAACAUUUUUCUUUUCAUUAUCUUCUUCGAGUAUCAGUUCAUCUUGUACAGCUAUAGCUAUUGCAACAGCAACUUGUGCAUUUGUCAAACAAAAAAUGUGGAUACACCAAACUGGUCAACUUUUCAUUCAACUUUUCAUUAACAUUCAACAUUUACUUUUAUUUCAAUAUAUUCACUUUUCUUUAGCGAAAGAAAUUAAUUUGAUUAAUGAAAAGUUCACAAAGGAUGACAAUGAGCCUUAUUUCACUGAAGCAAUGUCCAAUGUUACAGUUCAAGUUGGACGUCCAGUUAAAUUUCAAUGUAUUGUAGCCAAUCUGGGCAAUCAUCAAGUUGCCUGGUUUCGUAAAGAUAAACAUACACUUUUAGCGCUUGGAAAUGAAGUUAUUUUAAAAAAUAAUCGUAUUUUAGUCUCUAAUCAUACAGACAAGAUAUUUUAUCUGACGAUAUUUGCUGUUCGAGAGGAGGAUAGAGGUGAAUAUAUGUGCCAAAUAAACAGUUCACCUCAAAUAGAUCAAAGCGCAUUUCUUAAAGUCACAGUGCCACCUCAUUUCAUUGAAGAAUUGACCAGUUCAGAUACAGAUGUAAAUGAAGGUGACUCUGUAAGUCUUCGAUGCAUAGCCAAAGGUUUUCCUGCGCCAACAAUUGAAUGGAGACGGGAAGAUAAAGAAGCAAUAGACGCCUUAUCAUCAUCAUCACUACCAUUAUCAUCACCAUUUUCAUCUGCAAGUGAUAAUAAGAAUGUAACAACGAUUCAGGGUGAAUAUUUGAACAUUGUUCGAGUGAAACGACAGCACAUUGGUGUCUAUCUGUGCAUCGCAUCAAACGGAAUUCCAAAUUCUGUGAGCAAAAGGAUAUUCCUUGGAGUUAAAUUCUCACCUCUUGUUUGGACGCCAAAUCAACGUGUUGGUUCACCGUUAAAUGGAGAUGCUUCUAUUAUUUGUACAGUUGAUGCUUACCCAAAACCUGAUUGUUAUUGGAUGAAAACUUCUACCCGUCAAAUUAUUCUGGACAAUUCUAAAUACUCAACUAUACUCACACCUAUCUCAACUUAUAAAUAUGAAAUGCGAUUGAAUAUAAAAACCGUUGAAAUUGGCGAGUUUACCAGUUAUACUUGUAUUGCUAAAAACAUUUUAAGUGAAGCCUCGGGAACUAUAGUUCUUUACGAGAUACCUCGUCCAUCAACUCAACGGACUGUUAUUAAUAAUAUACCAAACCAUUCUCCAGUCAAAGAAGUAUCAAAAAGCAGGAAAAAUUAUCUUGGUACUUCCAAAAAUCCGCUCAACUCUGAAGAUAAUGUUAAAGACAAAUUGAAUAUUGCUUCAUUCCUCACCAAUUCCUACAAAAACGACAUUUCACCGGAUCAAAUAACCUUACAAACUGAAGAAAAAGUUACCCCAGCUGAUGACUUGAUCGAUUCAGGAACAAAUUUUAAUUCUCAUUCAUUCUCCAACAGUAUUUGGUUGAUCAGUAUUAAUAUAAUUUUACGCCACAUAAUUACCUGAUUUCGCGAAUAGAUUUAAUAUUUGAUUGUGCUUUUUCACUUUUAUCUCAACAACUCUGAACAAUUAAUUAACAUUUUCUCAUAACCUUAUCCAUUCUCAUCUUGUGCCAAUUUCGUUCCUAAAUUUUAAUCAACAAAACUGGAAUGUUUGUUUGAAAAUGAAAAAAUCAAUCGAUUUCAAUUGAUUUACUGAAUAUCGUGAGCUUAACAAUUAUUAUCAAAUAAUAUCUCCAACAUUAAAAAAGGUAAAAAAUUCUGUUGACAAAUAUUAAAAA